AUCAUCACUUCUCACUCUCUUCUUCUUCUUCUUCACUUUCUCUUCUCUCUUUAUUUUUAUUAUUUAUUUUAUUUAUUAAAUUUUCUUACUCUCAACAACAAAAUCAUUAACAUGGGAACGAGUCAUAUGUGUCUGUUCUUUUUCAUGUUCUUGUUCCAUUCUUUUGUCUUCCUUCUACUUUCUUCUUCUGUCUCAUCCAGAAAUUUUCCUAUUACACCUUUUGAUGAAGGCUAUUCACCCUUGUUUGGAGACCAUAACAUGAUCAUUCAUUCUGAUUUCAAAACUGUACAUCUCUCUCUUGAUGAAUCUUCAGGGUCUGGAUUUGCUUCUCAUGAUAUUUACCUUCAUGGGUAUUUUAGUGCUUCCAUUAAAUUACCUUCUGAUUACACUGCUGGAGUUGUUGUUGCAUUCUAUUUAUCAAAUGGGGACAUGUAUGAGAAGAACCAUGAUGAAAUAGACUUUGAAUUUUUGGGAAAUAUAAGAGGCAAAGAUUGGAGGAUUCAAACCAAUAUUUAUGGAAAUGGAAGUACAAACAUUGGAAGAGAAGAAAGAUAUGGUUUAUGGUUUGAUCCUGCUGAGGAUUUUCAUCACUACAGCAUUCUCUGGUCAGAUUCUAAGAUCAUAUUUUAUGUAGACAAUGUUCCUAUAAGAGAAGUAAAGAGAACAACAUCGAUGGGAGGAGAUUUCCCAUCAAAACCAAUGACAUUGUAUUCAACCAUAUGGGAUGGAUCUACAUGGGCUACCAAUGGAGGAAAAUACAAAGUAAACUACAAAUAUGCACCUUUUGUUGCUCAAUUCUCUGACUUUGUUCUACAUGGUUGUGCUGUUGAUCCUAUUGAACAUGUGACUAACUGUGACAGUCUUCAAACUUCUGAAACACUUCCUUCUGGUGUAAUUUCACAAGUGGAAAGAAACAAAAUGGACAGCUUUAGGUUAAAACACAUGACAUAUUCUUACUGUUACGACCGAACCCGAUACAAAGUUCCUCUACCGGAGUGUGUGAUCGAUUCGCGACAAGCUGAAAGGCUAAGAAAAUUGGAUCCGGUUACGUUUGGUAAUGGAAGGCAUCGCCGUGGUAUGAGACACCAUCACAUAGCAAAAGAAGCUGCCUCGUUUUAGUGCGUGUUUAGAUUGACAGUAAGUUUAGCAAAAUCGCGAUGACACUAUGGGAUUCUGUCGAAAUAAUAUGAAGAUUCUAUCAUAAAAGAAAAAUAUUUUAAUCAUCUCUUUAGCAUUUCAUUUUGGUGUAUAGAGAGAGAGAUAAGAGAAGAUUGAGCAUAGAAAUCCAUGAUGAUAUAAUAGUUAUAAUAUGAAUGAUUAUUGCUGGUGGAUUAUUAUUA